AUGAAACGUGCGGUGGAGCAAUAUGCCUGUAGGAACUUUGAGUGCUUAUCGAGCAAGAAUCCUAAACGGGGUUACUCGAAAUGCAUAAAUUGUUUUGAGAUGGAGAAGGAAAAGCUUAAAUGGGUCACAAACACGUCGUUUCCAACUGAUAUCUUGAUCAAAGACGCGUUAAGUGUCAAGCCUGGGGAGAUCAGGAUAGGGCUCGAUUUUGGUAUAGGCACGGGGACAUUUACUGCAAGAAUGAGAGAGCAUAAUGUAACGACGACUUUAAACCUUGGAGCCCCGUUUAACGAAAUGAUAGCGCUUAGAGGUCUGAUUCCUUUGUAUGUGACGUUGAACCAAAGGUUACCGUUCUUUGAUAACACAAUGGAUUUGAUUCACACAACAGGGUUUAUGGAUGGGUGGAUUGAUCUGCAGUUGAUGGAUUUCAUUUUGUUUGAUUGGGACCGGAUCUUGUGGCCGAGCGGGUUGUUGUGGGUCGAUCGGUUUUUCUGCAACCGGAAGGAUUUGGAUGAUUAUAUGUACAUGUUUCUGCAGUUCAGGUACAAGAAACGAAUAAGAAAACUACCGAUAAAUGCCCCUUAUUUUAUACUUGAAAUUACAAAAAUACCCUUUUUGUUAACAUGCAAUAUGGACGGAGUUAGAGGCGGGGAGUGA